CGUUAAGCGUUUGUGUGACGUGGACUUCCUGUAAACACAAGCAUGGCGGUGGAAAUAGAGUCAGCAGAUGUUGUCCGUCUGAUUGAGCAGUACCUGAAGGAGAACAACUUACUGAGAACAUUAUCAGUUCUCCAGGAGGAAAGUGGAAUCUCCCUCAACACUGUCGACUCUGUAGAUGGAUUUGUCUCGGACAUCAACAGUGGUCACUGGGACACAGUGCUUCAGGCCAUACAGACACUCAAACUCCCGGAUCAGAAACUUAUUGACCUCUAUGAACAGAUUGUGUUGGAGCUGAUAGAAUUACGAGAAUUAGGUGCGGCCAGAUCUUUACUCAGACAGACAGAUCCCAUGAUCAUGAUGAAACAGAACCAGCCUGACCGAUACAUCCAUCUGGAAAACAUGUUGGCCAGGUCUUACUUUGAUCCCAGAGAGGCAUAUCAAGAAGGUCAGACAAAAGAAAGGAGAAGGAAUGCCAUAGCAACAGCGUUAGCUGGAGAGGUGAAUGUCGUCCCUCCUUCCCGUCUACUGGCUCUGUUGGGACAAUCUCUAAAGUGGCAACAACAUCAGGGACUCCUACCACCAGGAACGACAAUUGAUGUGUUCCGAGGAAAGGCUGCUGUGAAGGAACAGGAAGAAGAGAAAUUCCCCACACAGCUCAGCAAGACAAUCAAGUUUGGACAGAAAGCCCAUAUAGAGUGUGCCCGAUUCUCUCCCGACGGUCAGUACCUAGUCACCGGAUCAGUGGAUGGCUUUGUCGAGGUCUGGAACUUCACCACUGGUAAAAUCAGGAAAGAUCUGCGGUACCAAGCCCAGGACAAUUUUAUGAUGAUGGAUGACGCUGUGCUGUGUAUGACGUUUAGUCGGGACUCAGAAAUGAUGGCAACAGGAGCACAGGACGGCAAAAUAAAGGUCUGGAAGAUAAUGACAGGCCAGUGUUUACGGAGAUUUGAACGCGCCCACAGUAAAGGAAUCACAUGUGUCAGCUUCUCUAAAGACAACAGCCAACUCCUCAGUGCUUCUUUUGACCAAACCAUCAGAAUCAACGGUUUGAAGUCGGGAAAAACACUGAAGGAAUUCAGAGGUCACACGUCAUUCGUCAAUGAUGCAGUUUUCACCUCCGACGGCCAUCAUAUUAUCAGUGCGAGUUCUGACGGUACUGUGAAGGUAUGGAAUGUAAAGACGACAGAGUGUCAGAAUACAUUUAAACCCCUCGGCGGUACCGGUACAGACAUCACUGUUCACAGUAUACAUCUCCUCCCCCGAAUGGCUGAACAGUUCGUAGUCUGUAACAGAUCCAACACCGUCGUCAUCAUGAACAUGCAAGGACAGAUUGUGAGAAGUUUCUCCAGUGGUAAGAGAGACGGCGGAGAUUUUGUGUGUGCCACUGUUUCACCACGUGGAGAGUGGAUCUACUGUACAGGAGAGGAUAUGGUUCUGUACUGUUUCAGUGUAACGACAGGCAAACUGGAGAGGACUUUAACGGUACAUGAAAAAGAUGUUAUAGGUAUCGCACAUCACCCACACCAGAACUUAAUAGGCACAUACUCCGAGGACGGACUCCUCAAACUCUGGAAACCUUGAUCAUUUUAUUGGACAGAUCAUCAAACUUCAUCUGACAUUAUGUUCCAUCACCAGCGAGAUAAUAACCUGAUUUAUAGUGUAAAUCAAUUAUAGAGUUCUAUUGGAGACCAGGUUACUGUGAUACCCGGCAAAAAUAGAAAUCAUCCGCAGUGAGACCCAUUUCGUUUUGUCAUCUGUGGGGGAAAAGCAUUAACGAACCAGUGACAUGCAAAAGUAUACAGGAAAACCAAGUUCCGUUGUAAAGCUGCUUAUUUUUAUGGUGAAGAGUACACACAUACAGAGAGAAAAUGACAAAUUAUUUUUCUGUUGUCAAAAUUUUUAAGAAAUUUGUAAAAAUAAUUUCAAACUACAUUGUAUUGUGACAUCAGAUAUUAUAGGAAAAAUGGGCUUUUUGUGAAUUGAAAAAUGUAACGAUAACACUGAAAUGGAACUGGCAAUUGCUUUAAAAUUCAGAAAUAUGCAUAGAAAUAUGGAUGAUCCUUUUACCAAUGUUUAUCUUUUGAUUAGGUGAAUAUGGAUUAUAUAGAAAUUAUAUCAACCUCUGCUUCUCGUCUGUCAAUAUUAUAAUCUUUGGGUUGAUGAAUAUCCACAUUCACCUCUGCAAAGGACUAUAAUUGUAUAGUAUUGUUUUACUUAUUAAAAUGUCAUAGGUAGAUUUGUUUGUGUUAUUUUGAUAUAAAAUACACAAAAAAUCACAAACUCAUUGUAUCAUAUUGAAUCUAGCAAUGGUUUCAUCAAUGUUACUUUUAACUUCCUUAAAUUCGGCAAUGUGCUUCCAAUGGAAAAUUGAAUGAAAAUUAUUUUUCUUUAGUUAAGAAACGUUAAUGAAACCAAGGCCAGAAAAAAUGGGGCCUAGUUUGUUUAGCAAAGGGAGGUAUUAUUUAGACAAUACAUUUUGUGCUGAAAGCAGUCCGCUAAACUGUGACUUGCAAAUUACAACUUUUUUAUAUUAUUUUCUUAAAGAAGUAUUGUGGCAAGCACCAAUUCAUCAUGUUCCUUUGUAUAAAUUUGGUAAUACACUAAAAUGUGCAUACACUAGAACAAGUGUUUUUGCAGUAUGUGACAAAAAGUUUAUCAAGGAAAUGUUUAGAUUUAUGAUGUCAACAUCAGCUACAAUUUAAUAAAAAUAUUCUUGUAAUUUAAUAAGCUAUUUUUAAUCUACUGGUAUUAUAUUAAGGGCCAUAAUUAGAGAGGAUAGCUAGGGGGAGGGUAACAAUUGUCAUAAUUAGAGAGGAUAGCUAGGGGGAGGGUAACAAUUGUCAUAAUUAGAGAGGAUAGCUAGGGGGAGGGUAACAAUUGUCAUAAUUAGAGAGGAUAGCUAGGGGGAGGGUAACAAUUGUCAUAAUUAGAGAGGAUAGCUAGGGGGAGGGUAACAAUUGUCAUAAUUAGAGAGGAUAGCUAGGGGGAGGGUAACAAUUGUCAUAAUUAGAGAGGAUAGCUAGGGGGAGGGUAACAAUUGUCAUAACUAUAGAGGAUAGCUAGGGGAGGGUAACAAUUGUCAUAAUUAGAGAGGAUAGCUAGGGGGAGGGUAACAAUUGUCAUAAUUAGAGAGGAUAGCUAGGGGGAGGGUAACAAUUGGUUUCAUUUUAUAACAAGAAUUUUUCAUUAUUGUCAUUUUGUUGUGAAUAUGUAAUUAAGAUUAAAUGAAUUAACAAAGAAAUA